UGACGAGCAGCACACCAAAGGGAAGAUAACCGAUAUCUAAAUAUAUCGCGAGCAUUAUUAGCAUUGUUAUUUGUUGUUAAAACAUUAAUUUUUCUAAUUUUAAAAACAGCAUUUGUAUCACAUGAUGAUGCCAGUUGCUGAGGGUUUUCAAGAGCAUCAAAUAGACUACAAACAGAAGUACAAAACUUUGAAGAAGAAACUUAGAUUGCUUGUUUAUGAACAGGAAUGUUUUCUAGAAGAACUCCGAAAGGCUCAAAGGAAACUUCUAAAAGUGACUAGAGACAGAAGUUUUUUGUUAGACCGACUCUUACAGUAUGAGAAGGUGACGGAUUCAUCGGGGGACAGCGACGCGACGGCGUCCAGUGACAGCGAUGCAGACGGCCACAAAGAUGGAGUUUCCAGUAAAAAAAGAAAGGCUGGCAGUUCAGGAGAUUUAGGACAUAUGAUUUCAGGAGUAGGUCGAAUGUCCUCAGAUGGUGUGAAAAAGAAGAAAUCUUCACUUAAGAAGUCCAAAGGUCACAAGUCGGGGGGUGACAGUGGGAACCCUGGAGGGCAGAUGACAAGGGAGGAGCUGGAGCGACACCUAGAGUCACGACAACAUUCUUUUGGAAUUGAGAAAACUCCAACACUUCUACCGAUGGAAAUCUUCAGCAACGACAACUCUAACCCAGACAGUAUGAGCGACAUUAUAGGUGCUGAGGAAGAGGACACUGAUCUUAUUAUUGACGUACCACACUGAUAUGUGAAGGUCAUUCCACGUUGCUAUGGAAACAGAAUAGAGAGCACUAUAAUACUCCAUAAAACAGUGUUUGUCGAACUGGCCGACCAUCUUCCUAAACUCACUUAGACUUCUACUUUGAUUGUUUUAUAUUGUGCAGAUUAGUCCGAUCCAAUUUGUCUUAUUUCACUAGCCUCGGUGAUUUAGUGGUCCACCGUAACACUGGUAGGUGUUAGGUUCAUGUCCCAGCACGGGCUCGGACAUAAAGUGAGUUUUAACAGCUCUCUGGGGACAUGAACGACCACUAGGUAAUCUCUCUUCCACUACUAGUGUUCCAUCCUGUACUGGACAGUCAACCAAGAUAGCUUGUAGCUAGGCCAGCAUUCAUCAACCGUGGUUCGAUGUAAAGACAUUGAAUAAAUCUGUUUUUGUUCCAUCUGACAUGGACUCACAUAGCAUCUUAAGGUGUGUGAAUUUACUCUGUUUCCAACAGCAUCGAACACAUCUGGAGAAAAGCUGGUAUUAUUGUUUUUUAACUGCUCAUCCCUUCAUUUUAGGGUAGAUCUGACACUGGGAUGUUUUUUUUACAUGUCAUGUGUCGGACAGGCGAACAUUUAACGUAUAAAACUUGCCACAUCAUAUUUUCAUGUUACGAUCAUCUGUCGCCAAGAUUUCUUUUUUUCAUGCUGCUACGAUAUGUGUAUGUUUCAUUAAAAUGUAUUCUUUUCUACUGCAUGUUAUUUUGUACAUUUCUAAUGAUGUAAAACAUUACCUGUACUGAUCUACUGCAUGUUAUUUUGUACAUUUCUAAUGAUGUAAAACAUUACCUGUACUGAUCUACUGCAAAAUAAAAGCACAUCUCAUUUGAA